UUUCAACAUGGCGCCCGCCAGGAAACAUAAACGCAUGGCUGCGGCUCAACCGGGGUUUUUGAGUCUAAAAAAGGAUAUGGAAGGCAACAGUUCGGAUCUCAAACGUAGAAAACGCGUGAACAAAAAUAAGAAAAAGAACUGGAACAAAUACAGUGAUAUCAAUGAUGUGGAAGAGUUUCUAGAUGACGUGCGGCUUCAGGAGAGAGUUACUGGGGGGUUAAUAUCUGAAAAAACAGAUGACAGCCUCUUCUUUGUGGACACUGGUGCAAAGGAGAAAGAUACAAAACCACUAGAGACAACAGCCAAGAAGGGCAAACAUUCAAAGCCGCUACGGAUAGAUUUAAUUCUUCAGCCUGACUCACACAUAACUGCACCUAAAGAUGUCUUGGCAUUCCAACAGCCCAAUGCUAAAAAGCAGCGUCGCAUGGCAGAGAAAGCAGCUAAGUUGGCGGCCAUGGGUGUGUUGCCACGUAGAGAAAAGCUACUUAAUCUCCGCAGGGCUGCUGCUGCUGCUGGGGUGUCUGUUAAAGAACGUCCAGUGGCCAAUAAUAAUCCAGAAAGAGGCUUUUAUGACCUCUGGAGUGCAAGUUCACCAGAGACAGCUGAUCCCUACUACCUGGAACAGACUAAGAAAAAGCUUGUAAAGAGACCAAGCAAACUGAAUGAGAAGCCGUCAGUUCUUCCUGCGGUUGAGGUUAUUGCUCCUGGAGGAUCAUACAACCCAGACUUCUUCUCUCACCAGGAGCUUCUCCGUGAAGCCCAUGAGGUGGAGGUGAAGAAACUGAAAGCGGAAGAGAGGUUGGCACGUCAGCUGGCUGUGAAAGACGACACCGCCACUGAGGAGAGCACCUUUAAAGAGCAAGUGGAGGGUCUGAUUGAGGAAGGGGAGAUGGAACCAGAACAUGAACAGUCAGAUAUGGCUGCUGAAGACUCUGUCACUGGGCCUACUGCAACGCAGGAAAAGAAAACCGAAAGACAGAGGAAAAGAGAGAAAGCUGAAAGAAUAAAGGAGUUACAAAGGAAGGCGGAGCGUCAGUUUAUUGACAGCCGGCAGCAGUUGUUCCAGCUCCGCUCUAUCCACACCAGUCUCAAAGAGCGGGAACUGAUGACGAAGAUGCGGCAGGCUCAACGCAAGGCGCAACAGGAGGCACAGAAAAGCAUGCCUCGACGACUGGGCAGACUCAAGUUCCAGACUCCUGAUCUAGAUGUGCAGCUGAGCAAUGAACUCGCCAGCUCUCUACGCAGUCUGAAGCCAGAGGGCAGCAUCCUCAAAGACCGGUUUAAGAGUUUACAGAAGAGAAACCUGAUUGAGCCCAGAGAGAGAGCCAAAUUUAAGAGGAAACACAAGCUGAAGUACACAGAAAAGAGAGCCUUCAGAGAGAUGAAGUGACCUCACAGGGUUGCGUUCACUUCACAUUCGCCAUACAAUGGAGCAGUCUGCAAACUAUGAGUCAACAAAUAAUGUUGUGCUGUUCUAAUAAAAAUAAAGCUGUUAUGCCCACUUGAUAA